UACUUUUUACAGCCUAGUAUAAUUAACUUCAUUCUUUUCUGUCGUUUAUUUUCCCUGUUGGUCUAUAUUUAACAUUUUUACGAUUUUAUAUUACGAAUACAAAUUGUGGCCUGUUAUAGAAAUCUGAUUAGCUUACAUAUUCAUUAGCGAAUAAAGAGAACAUAAUUUUGAAAUAUUAAAUAUUUUUUAUGUAAAUAUCAUUAUAUACAAGCCAAUUUAUUCUUUAAUUACAACGAAGAAUGGAAAGACUUGUAGAUGCAGAUCAUCUGUAUGAAAAGUGAAAUAUGUUAGACUGUUGUACUUUAUGUUUUCCUGGAAAUGGCAGUAUCAGAAUAUCAUCUUGAUACAAGAAUACGGCGACGGCAUGUUCCUCUCAUUACCCAACAGCGCCGAUUACGUCACUUGAGAAGCAUAUCUGCUAGAAACAUAACUUUGAAUACAAAUGUCAGAGAUUUUGCUUUAGCUUUCACUUUGCAUAAAAGGCCAGUUUCACCAGCUUUCUACAAUAGUGAAAUUAUUCCUGAUACAUUGAAUCCAUCAUGGAAAGACUUUGAGAGUAGUAACUUUCCUGAAAAUGUAGAUACAGCUUCUUCUCAUGUUUCAGUUAGAAUAUGGAAUAUGGCUGGAGAAAAGCAACUUCUUAUAGAGUGGGUCGUAUUUUUUUCUGGCCUUGUGUUCCUAGGAGAACAGAUUCCAAAAGAGGGUAAAAAUUUCAAACCAAAUAGCAUAAUAUUUGGAAUGUCAGAAGGUUAUUAUGGUUGCACUGAUUGUUAUCAGCAUAAUGUUGGAAACAACAGUGAUAUCACUGUAAAGGAUAGCUUGACAGCUGAUUUAACUGGAGUACGCACUUCCUACACUCUAAGCACCUUAUCCAGGAUAAAAACUGUUGAAAGAGCUAUCAAGCAAACUCAGGCUGCAGUGCAGAGACGGAGAAAUAGUAUAAACGAUAAAUUACAGAGUGGACAAGAACUUCAUAGUGUACAUGCACAACGGGAAAUUCUUAAGAUUAAAAUAUCUGUUUUGAAAACAGAAUUGCAGUAUCAGCAGCGAAAUUUUCAUUUACUUGAAAAAGAAGUAGCUUGUUUUAAAGAUGAUCUCAGAAGAAAGCGAAAAGAAAUUAAUAGGAAAGCUGAGGAACAAAAGAAAUUAGUUGAAAAAUGUAUUGAUUUAUCUAAAUAUUACAGUGAAUAUCGAGAAAACUUGUUGAAAACUGAAGCUCAGCUGAAUUUUCGAAGGAAACAACUAAUAUCAGAACUUAGUUAUAUAUAUCCCAUUGUAGAAUUUCCAGAUCGUAAUGGUUUUAGCAUACAUAAUGUACAUCUGCCUAAUUCAGAAAAGUUUGCUGGGCAUGAUGAAACUAUGAUAGCAAUUGCCUUAGGCUAUGUGUGCCAUAUUGUUUUGAUGAUAGCACAAUUUCUUAAUGUUCCAUUAAGAUAUUCUAUACAUUUUUAUGGAUCACGCUCCACCAUCAUGGAUCGUAUAUCUAGCAGUUUACCAGAUAAAAUUAGAGAAUUUCCGCUGCACUCCAAAAAUAAGGAAAAAAGAUGUUUUGACUAUGCUGUUUUCUUACUGAAUAAGAAUAUAGCACAGUUGCGUUUUUUAUCUGGAUUACCUACUCGGGAGCUGAGUGCCACACUGCCAAAUCUGAGUAGCUUGAUUGAGCAAAAAUUAUCUGCGAAUAGUGAGUCGCAUGGUGCCCAAACAGUUGGAACUUUGCAUAAAGUGUUUGGUGAAGUUAAAAUUCCAUUACAAGGUGAGAAAUCAAUCCAGAAUGGGUUCUCAAAAUUUCCUGAUAAUGCACCUUCCCUUCCUUCCCAAUUCCAAAUGAAAGUGAAUGAUUCAGAAAUAGAAUUUUUGAGAAAGGAGAUGGAAGCUAUGAUGCCUAACACUACUACAUCCAUCCAUAAUAGUCUUCAACUUCCUCCAAAAUAUAAAGAUGGAUCUAAUGCACUAAGUUGCUCUCUAGACAAAGGUUUGAAUGAAAUAAAAAUGCUAGAAGAUUCGUUAGAUAGUUUGAAGUCUCGAAAUAAGCCUCAAAAGACUUCAAAGAGUUCAACCCAGGUUAAACAUCUGAAGCAGACUUAUCAUCAUUCCAGUUAUCCUAAUUUGCAAACUUCUCUCCAGGUAUCUCAGACAUAUAGUGUUAAUGAUAUAGAAUCUGCUUUGUUACCACCUAAACUUUGGACAACAGAAAGCUCUCGUACAAACUCUGAAGAGGAGCAAACUGAAGAUGACUUUAAAAUGAAUGGACCACGUACUGUUUUAAAUGAUUCAAUAUUUUAUAUACCAUCUUUACAUCCUGUAGAAGAUAGUCAAAAUAUCCCACAUACUUCUAAUGCAUCUAAUUCUGUUGAACAGCUAGAGUGCAUUGAAAGAGCAGUCAUUAAUGAUGAUUUCACUGCUGACUUAUCAUUAAGGACAGAACAGUUAGCUAACAGAAAAUCCAGUUUCCAAAUGCAAAGGCUGCGUUCUUCAUCUGCGGAAGAGCAAUAGUAAUUUUUCUAGUACUUUAAUUCUCUUUAUGUUUCUGUAUGUUUCCUUUAUGAUUUUAUAUUUAGUGACAUUACUAGUAGUUUAGUGAAUGGUUUUGUACAAUGUAUGGGAACAGUAUUUCUCUAUAGCAUUGUUUUAUAUAAUUUAAAUAAAAUUAUUCAUUAUAUAUUUAAAAAAUCUAAACUUAUCACAAUGUAACUUGCCAACAUGGGUAAGUACUUGAUUAGAAAUUGAUAUAUAUAUUUUCUGUUAUACAUAUUCUUGUAUAUCAUAUUAUAAAAUGUCUUUGCAUAGAUUAUUCAAACCACUUUUAAAUCAGAAAUAGCGAUUUUUUUGGGGGGGAGGGGAGGGUAAAUAUUUCAUUUUUAAUUCUCUUUAAAAAAUAAAUAGAAAACGUUAUCUUUGUAAAAGUAUUUUUAAUAAUUUGAACGGAUUGAAAUGAAACCUUUUCAGUCUGAGGAAUAUAGAACUUCUUUUUCACUUAUAAAGUUUUUGAUUGAAAUAUGGAUAAUAAGAGAAUACACAUUAUAUAUGCAUAUAACAUCAUUAAUUUUUUUUUCACGAAUAUUUGUUGUAUUUUAUCUAGUUAUCCAAACUGUUUUGUGAUAUAUUCUGUAAAUUGUGCAUAAUGAUUCUGAGAUGAAAAUGAAUUUCUAGGAAUGUAUUUAAUUAAUAUCCUGUUUGAUAUGAUGUUGAAUGUGUAAACUGAAUUUAAUGAAGUGCUUCAGUUAUCAUAUUUGUGUCCAUAAUCCCUGUGCUGUCAUAAAUCUUAGUAUUUUAUUUGUUAUUCAUUUUAAAUUGCUAAAUAAUUUUUAUCUGUGUAAUUUCUUAUCACUUUUUUAUAUUUGAUCUUGUCCUGAUAAAUGCAGCACUCAGGUAAAUCAGUAGUUCUAUGGUAUUUCAGAUACCUUUUCUAAAGCACAUAAAAGUAAUUUAUUAACUUAAUAAAAACAUGUAUGAAUAUUCAGCUUAAAUAUUUAGCAAAAAAUAAGAAUGAUGGUAGUUAUAUUUUUUUAGGUUACUAGGCAAACUAUUGGUUUCAAAAAAAGUCAAAUCCAAAAAUUAUUGAGAAGUUUUGAAACACAUUAGAUAUCUAGACAAAAAACAAACAUAAAGUAAUAAAUUAGGACAUUAUUAGAUUAAGUUAGGACAUGUAUAAUAUAUAUGUUCAUCCCUUGUUUGAACAAAAUCCUUUUCUGCGCUAUAACCAACUUUAAUGUUUCAUAUUGUAAGCGUUUUCUUUUAAUUACCACAGUAAUUCAGAUUGAUUUUUCCCCUCCCCCCUUCAAACCCUUUAUGAGUUUAUGCAAUUAUAGAUAGCACUUUGAUUGCAAGGAAGUAUAUUUUUUAUCGGGAUAAAAAUAGACUGUGAAUUUAUGGUAAUCUUUAGUUAUCCAUAAUACAAAUAAUGAACUAUCUUUUUUUCCGUUCUUUUUUCUGUAAGAUGUUGGAAUUAGUACCUGGUUUUACUGAUGUCCUUCAUUUU